AUGCCAUUCUCAGGGAAGAAUGACAAUGAUAAUGGGAAUAUCGACGAUAAUGUCAAUAUUUUGAUUGUCAACAAUACAAAGUUGUCAAUUGUGGGUAAAGUUUCAAAAUUGGCUUUAAGCGUCAUGUUGUAUUCCAAGGUUUUAGCAAAUAUUGUAGAUUCAAUUUACUCAAGAUUUGAUAAUAACAAUAUCCAGAAGAAAGCCUUACACAGAGAUAGGAUGUUGGAUUGUUGGAGACGAGAAUUACCACCUGAAUUGAAAUUUGAAAUUGAUAUCAAUGGGUUAUCCUUGAAGGAUCCGAAAAGUAUUGAAGGAAAUAAUGGCAGGAGUUAUAGUAAACAACAAUUGACUUUGAUAUUCUUAUACUACCAUGCCAAAAUAUUGAUCUAUUUACCUAUAUUAUCAAAGUAUGGUAAUCAUCAUAAUGUUGGUUUGUCUCAAAAAGAGCAGCUCUUUAAAGGCGAAGGAGACGUGGCUACAAUAGUUUCGAGCAUUAGUUUAGUACAACAGUCAUCGAUACAAAUAUUAGAGGUUUUAAAGUGCUUGUCUGCUACGACAUCAUCUAAUGUUUUGCCUAUUCCUAUCCACAUAGUUCGUGAACAAUCAUUAUUGGCAUUGUUGGUUGCAAAGGGGACAUUAGACUACAUAAAAGGAGGACCUUUAUUUAUAAAUCUGAAACAGUUGUUAUUAGAUACUGUAAAUAAUUUGAAUACGGAUUGUAAGUACGAAGUGCCAGGUGGGAUUAACAGGAGAGCAGUGAAGCUUCUUGAGGUGACAAUUUUAAGUAUCCUUGGUGUAAACAUAAGUAAAGCCAAUCUUAUGGGGAAUAAUGGAAGGAAGAAGGUAUCUAGUUUACCACUGCUGCAAUCACCCCCACAACAGCAACAGCAACAACAACAACAACAACAACAACAACAAAUACCAAUUACGAAAACAGCUGUUAAAAGAGUACCAAAUGGAACUAGUAGUAACAAUAAUAUCGGAUUGUCAAGAAUUAGAAGUGCCAAUAAUAGUGUUGAUACAAGCAAUAGUAAUGAUAGACUGUUUGUAUCGGGUCAACAACAAUCACCAUUUCCUCAACAGUUUCCAAGACAAACUACGCCGAUGCAACAUGAUUCAUCACGAAGCAGCACUUCGAAUAAUGGGUCAAAUGAUCUAGAGACCUCGACUAAUUUCAUGGAAGAUACUGAAUCAUUAGAGGAAUUACUUAGUUUUGAUCCAUUUAAAGUUAACUUGAAUCGUCAAAUGUUGAUGAAUGAGUUUGUGACUGAUGGGUCCUUAGGGUUGCUUCCAUUUUUGGAAACAAAACAAGAUGGUAGUAGCAUGGAUGAUGGUAUUUUCUAUAACCAUGUUGAUUUUCAUGUAGGAGUUAAUGACGAAGAAGAACAGAGCAAAAAACCAGAUCCUGGAUUAUUUAACCAAAGUAAUUUUUGGUAG